AUGAUGCGCGGAGCCGGACAAUCGCCGAUCAUUGUGCUCAGUCAGGGUACGAAGCGUGAGAGUGGCCAUCAGGUUCAAGUGGGCAACAUCAACGCUUGCAAGACCAUCGCCGAUGUGAUCCGCACGAGUUUGGGACCACGCGCCAUGCUGAAAAUGCUCAUGGAUCCAAUGGGAGGAAUCGUCAUGACCAACGAUGGAAACGCCAUUUUGAGAGAGAUCACUGUGAAGCACCCGGCCGCCAAAUCGAUGAUCGAAAUCGCGCGCACCCAGGACGAGGAGACUGGCGACGGCACGACUUCUGUGAUCAUUUUGGCCGGAGAGGUGAUGGCGCACGCACAGACGUAUCUCGAGCAGAAGACCCAUCCAACGCUCAUCAUUCAGGCCUACCGUCAAGCUCUCGAAGACAUGAUCCAGUGGGCGGAGAAGAAGUUCUCCCGUGACGUCGACACUUCUGACGACGCCGAAAUCGCGAAGGUCGUCAAAUCGUGUCUCGGAACGAAGAUGAUCAGCAAAUGGAUGGAUCUGGCUGUCAACAUCUCCAUUGAAGCCGUCAAAACGAUUCGCGUCGAGAAGGCCGGAGUGAGAGAGAUUGAUAUCAAGAGAUACUGCCGUAUCGAGAAGAUCCCAGGAGGCCGUAUCGAAGACUCUCAAGUGAUCAAAGGUGUCGUCCUCAACAAGGACAUUCUCCACGCCAAGAUGCGUCGUCGUAUCGAGAAUCCACGCAUCGUUCUUCUGGAUUGCAAUCUGGAAUACAAGAAGGGAGAAUCGCAGACGUCGUUGGAGAUCAUGCGAGAGGAGGACAUCUCAGCGAUCCUCGAGCAGGAGGAACAGGCGAUUCGUAAGCAGUGUGACGAGAUUAUCGCUCUGAAGCCAGACUUGGUGUUCACCGAGAAAGGAAUUUCCGAUUUGGCCCAACAUUUCCUGUUGAAGGCCGGAAUUACGUGUCUCAGAAGACUCAAAAAGACUGAUAACAACCGCUUAUCACGUGUCUGUGGUGCCCGAAUCGUUCAUGACACUUCUGACUUGCGGGACGAAGACGUUGGAACCCAGGCGGAACUCUUUGAAGUCGUCAAGAUCGCUGAUGAGUAUUACACCUACGUGACGUCGGAGAAGACCACCGCGUGUACGGUUGUGCUUCGUGGACCAUCCAAGGACGUUAUCAAUGAGGUGGAACGCAAUCUGCAAGACUCUCUGCACGUCGUCCGCAACGUGAUGAUCAAUCCAAAGCUGGUGCCAGGAGGCGGAGCUCUCGAGAUGGCGUUGAGCCGUGAAAUCGAAGAGCAGGGCGCCAAAAUGGACGGUGUCAAGAAGUGGCCGUACAAGGCGAUCGGACUGGCGCUGGAAGUGAUUCCACGUACACUGAUUCAGAAUUGCGGUGGAUCCACUAUUCGCAAAAUGACCGAACUUCGUGCCAUCCAUGCACAGGAUGCCAAGAAUUGGACGUUCGGAGUCGAUGGAGUCACUGGAGACUUGGUCGACAUGAACAAACUGGAAAUCUGGGACCCGCUCGCCGUCCGUCUUCAAGUCCUCAAGACCGCCAUCGAGACUUCGGUAAUGCUGCUCCGCAUCGACGACAUCGUCUCGGGAACGAAAAAGGCCGUUGGCGGGGAGAAACAAGAAAUGAUGCCUCAUUAA